GUCAAAGCACAAGGUGUGAAAGAGGACAGAUUGGAACUGUUGAAGGGUAUCAGCGGUUCAUUUAGGCCAGGUGUGCUUACAGCUCUCAUGGGUGUCAGUGGUGCCGGUAAGACCACACUGAUGGAUGUGCUGGCUGGGAGGAAGACCAGUGGAUACGUAGAGGGCAACAUUACAAUAUCUGGCUACCCAAAGAAGCAAGAAACUUUUGCUCGUGUGUCAGGAUACUGCGAGCAGAAUGAUAUCCAUUCACCAAAUGUGACCGUCUACGAGUCCCUUGCAUUCUCUGCAUGGCUACGAUUACCGGCUGAUGUUGAUUCCUCAACAAGAAAGAUGUUCAUCGACGAGGUCAUGGAGCUUGUGGAGCUUUCCCCCUUAAAGGAUUCAUUGGUUGGACUACCUGGUGUGACUGGAUUAUCAACUGAGCAAAGGAAAAGACUAACAAUUGCAGUGGAGCUGGUAGCUAACCCUUCUAUCAUUUUCAUGGAUGAACCAACAUCUGGACUUGAUGCAAGAGCUGCAGCCAUUGUCAUGAGGACAAUAAGGAAUACAGUGGAUACAGGAAGGACAGUAGUUUGCACAAUUCACCAACCAAGCAUCGACAUAUUUGAAUCUUUUGAUGAGCUCUUCCUGAUGAAACGAGGAGGUGAAGAGAUUUAUGUAGGUCCACUGGGACGCCAUUCAUGUGAAUUGAUCAGAUAUUUUGAGGCUAUUGAAGGUGUGAGCAAGAUAAAAGACAGCUAUAAUCCUUCAACAUGGAUGCUGGAAGUGACUAGUGCAGUACAAGAACAGAUAACUGGGAUCAACUUCAGCCAAGUAUACAAGAAUUCUGAACUAUAUGAGAUGAACAAAAAAAUAAUAAAGGAGCUAAGCACACCCCCCAAAGGUUCAAAUGACCUAUCCUUUCCAACACAGUACUCGCAGAACUUUCUCACACAAUGUUUCGCUUGCCUGUGGAAGCAAAGUCAGUCAUAUUGGAGAAAUCCCCCAUAUACUGCUGUCAAAUACUUCUACACCGUAGUAAUGGCACUCUUGUUUGGAACAAUGUUCUGGGGCAUUGGCAGCAAAAGGCAGAGUCAACAGGACUUGUUCAAUGCCAUGGGUUCCAUGUACGCCUCAGUUUUGUACAUGGGGGUACAGAAUUCCGCGACAGUUCAGCCAGUUGUGGCUAUUGAGCGCACUGUCUUUUAUAGGGAAAGAGCGGCUCACAUGUACUCGCCUUUGCCAUAUGCUUUGGGGCAGGUCGCAAUUGAACUUCCAUACAUCUUUGUUCAGUCUUUAAUAUAUGGCGUGAUAGUGUAUGCCAUGAUUGGGUUCGAAUGGACAGCUGUGAAGCUGUUCUGGUACCUGUUCUUCAUGUUCUUCACCCUAUCAUACUACACAUUUUACGGGAUGAUGACGGUGGGCCUGACUCCAAACUACAACAUCGCUUCCGUUGUUUCCUCGGCAUUCUACACCAUGUGGAACCUCUUCUCGGGAUUUAUAAUACCAAGAACAAGAAUCCCAAUAUGGUGGAGGUGGUAUUACUGGCUCUGCCCUGUUUCGUGGACACUCUAUGGUCUGGUAGCUUCACAGUUUGGGGACGUAACCGAGAAGUUGGACAAUGGCAUGCUCGUGUCCGAGUUUGUCGGGAGCUACUUUGGUUACCAUCACGACUUCCUGUGGGCGGUCGGUCUGGUGGUCGCCUCGUUUGCAGUUCUCUUUGCUUUCCUCUUCGGACUCUCUAUCAAGCUAUUCAACUGGCAGAAGAGAUGAGUAACCAACUAACCAAAGAAGACACAUCUGAGUUCGAUAAGAGGUCAUUGUAGUUGUAUAGUACUACUGAUAUGAAAAUUAAUACUAGCGGAUAGAUCUGAGGAUGUGGAGAUUCAAUUGUACAGCCGAGCCUAUACAAUUCCUAGAAACGCAGCAGCAAGUUCAGUUUCAACUAUUUGGUCAAGAAGCUAGGAAUAUAUUCACAACAGUGUUAACACAAUAGUAUUAUCAAAUCUCAACUAGCAGUAGCUGCUUUCUUAAGAUGUAAGAAUGUUAAUCCUUGGAAUGGAAAUAAAAUGGGAGAAUUUGAUU